AUGGACGCGAUGCCGCCCAAUGAUCGAAAUAUGGAUCCCACGAUCCCUGAGCUGGCUAGGGAAGUUGAGCACGAGUUCAACACCGAUAAUGUUAACUCAUCAGCAUCCUCGGUAAUUUGCACUAACAUCUUCAUACCAUUCCCACGUCUUCCUCUAGAGCUCAGACUCAGAAUCUUACGCCUUAGCAUCUUACCUCGUACCGUCGAAGUCCGCUUCGGCAAGUCUUCUCAGGCUUACGAUUUCGCCGCCGAUGUGCCUCCAAUCCUACAUGUAUGUCGCUGGUCCCGCAUGGAAGGUCUUCAAAUGUACGAAAUUCUCAAAACAAAUACAAUUAUUCCAAAAUACGCUUACUUUCACCCGUUGAUUGACACCCUAUACAUUCGGCUCCCAUUGAAUUGGAACGAUUUCAAUGCCAUACAAGCCAAGACCUUUAUCCAGAACUUCGCCCAAAAAGACAUCAUUCAUUCAAUCGCUAUUCCGAUGCCCUUCAUUGUACUUCAAAGUCUUUUCGACUACGUCAAACUGCGCAAAAUUACAUGGAUUUGCUCAAUAUCAGACGACAGAACAUAUCCACAGGAUUUCGCAUGUCCUCUGUGUGCAUUGGCACCUGACAAUCGAACAAUGCUUCUCAGUAUGGAGGACUACUUUGCCCACGCACAAGCCUACCAUUCUCUUGAUGCUCGCCGGCAUCUCAGACUGGAAGUUGCUAUGUUCAUGAUUGGCCUUCAAAGCAAAACGAUGGAUAGGGAGCAUGAGAAGCUGCAGGCAGGGGAUUAUGAGAGAAGUGCAUGGGGUGGGGAGAUGCCCAUGUUUGAGUACUUAACGAUAUUGGACUGGAAUAUCAGCGAAGAAAAGUUUUAUCUGAAGGAAGAUGCGUGA